ACCAUCAAUCUUUCGACUUCAUAAACACGUCAUUCAAAAUUUUUGUUCUGUGAUAGUUUCAGCACCACAUCACAUCUAUUCAUUCAUUUCAAAUCAUGAGUCGCAUAAAUCCAGCAACAAAGUUCCGAAACGUCACGCACGUCAUCUUCGACAUGGACGGUGUGCUUUUAGAUUCCGAGGGAGUUUACAGGAACGCGAUAGCCAGCAUCGCACGCCGUUUCGGCAAAGUCUACACGCCGCAAAUAAUGGGAAAGGUGGUGGGCACGGUGGAAAAGGAGACGGCCAGAAUAGCAAUCCAAGAAAUGAACUUGCCAAUCAGCAUUGACAACUUUCGGGCAGAUUUCAGAUCGUACGCUUCCAAAUAUCUCGGCAACGUGCCUCUGAUGCCAGGAGCUCAAAAAAUGGUAAACCACCUGAAGAAACACAACAUACCAAUAGCAGUGGCUACAUCAUCAGGGCUGGACAGUUUUAAAAUUAAAAGUUCCAAACAUGAAGAAUUCUUUAAACUUUUCAAUCACAUCAUUUGUGGGGGCAGUGAUGUGAAUGUGAAAAAUGGGAAACCAGCCCCAGACAUAUUUUUAUAUUGUGCCACCAAAUUCAAAGAAAAUCCUGCCCCUGAGAAUUGUUUAGUUUUUGAGGAUUCUCCCAAUGGAGUUAAGGCAGCUAUCAGUGCUAACAUGCAUGUGGUGAUGAUUCCUGAUGAAAAUGUUCCACCAGAACUUAUAAAACAAGCUGAUAUUGUAGUAAAAUCUUUAGAUGAAACUGACCUUACACUAUUUGGUUUACCAGCAAUUAAGUAACGCAAAUUGUAAUAAUUUUGAACAAAUACACAAUCAUAGAAUA